AUGUUGGACCUAGUGAUCCUGGAGCAGCUCCUGGCCCUUCUGCCCCUGCAGAUGGAGAGCUGGGUCCGGGAGUGUGGAGCAGACACUAGUUCCCAGGCUGUGGCCCUAGCAGAAGGCUUCCUCUUAAGCCAGGCAGAGGAGGAGAAGCAGGAAGAACUACAGGUCCAGGGAGGCUUCUUGCAGACCACCGUGGAAAAUCCAGAGGAAGGAAGGGAGCUCCUUCUCAGGGCCAUCUCCAGGGAAGAUCAGCGUUGUGACACUUCCGCAGAUAGUGGGAUGAUGUCAAUGGCGUUUGUAGGAUCUGCCCCUUUUUCUACCAUCUUUGAAAGAGCAGGUGGAACUCCAAGUCAGGGUCUCAUAUCCUUCGAGGAAGUGGCUGUGUAUUUCUCUGAGGAGGAAUGGUCCCACCUGGAUGCUGACCAGAAAGCCCUCUAUGGGGAGAUCAUGCUGGAGAAUUCAAGGACUGUAGCCUCUCUGGACUUUCUCACCGAGCAAAAGCAUCGAGAAAUAAAGAAGAGAAAAUGGGUGGGGAAAAGCUUGAAAACCUGUAAAGACAGAUUUGACUUAAGCAAACCUUACAGGAGCAUUUCGAUGGAAGAAAAAUAUCCCUGCAGGGAGGUGAAAAAAUAUUCAAAUUGGACUUUCUCUACACAUGAAAACAUCACUGUGGAAGAAAAGCUAUAUAGGUGCGGGGAAUGUGGAGAAAGCUUCGGCGGCAGCAGUUCCCUGAUUUCCCACAAAAUAACCCACAUGGGAGUGAAACCCUACAAAUGCACGGAGUGUGGAAAGAGCUUCAGAAAACGCAGUUACCUUACUUGUCACCGAAGGAUCCACACGGGGGAGAAACCCUUCAAAUGCACGGAGUGCGGGAAGAGCUUCAGCAAGAACAGUUCGCUUACUUACCAUAAAAGGAUCCACACGGGGGAGAAGCCAUUUAAAUGUGUUGAGUGUGAAAAGACCUUCAGCAAGAACAGUUCUCUGACUUCCCAUGCCAGGAGCCAUUCAGGCGAGAAGCCGUAUCGUUGCCUGGAGUGCGGAAAGAGCUUCCGAUGGCACAGUCAGCUGACUUCCCAUAAAAGGAUCCACACAGGAGAAAAACCCUACGAAUGCACGGAUUGUGGGAAGAGCUUCAACACAAGCAGCAGCCUGACUUCCCACAGGAGGCGCCACUCUGGCGAGAAACCGUACGAAUGUCCAGAGUGUGGGAAGAGCUUUCGGGGAAGCAGUGCCUUCACUUCUCACAAAAGGAUCCACACAGGGGAGAAGCCGUACAAAUGCACGGAGUGUGGGAAAAUAUUCCGAAAGAGCAGUUCCCUCACUUCCCAUAGAAGUAUCCACACAGGGGAGAAACCAUACAAAUGCUUGGAAUGUGGAAAGAACUUCCGGGAAAAUGGUUCCCUGACUUCCCACAAAAGGAUUCAUCGAGGGGAGAAACCCUAUCAAUGCACGGAAUGCGGGAAGAGCUUUAGCCAAAGUGGUAACCUGAUUUCCCAUAGAAGGAGCCACUCGGGAGAGAAACCGUAUAAGUGUAUGGAAUGUGGAGAGAGCUUUAUGUGGAACAGUCAGCUUACUUCUCACAGAAGUAUCCACACAGGGGAGAAACCAUAUAAAUGUGCGGACUGUGGGAAGAGCUUCAGCGACAUCAGUCACCUGACUUCUCACAAAAGGAUCCAUACGGGGGAGAAACCAUAUAAAUGUGCGGCGUGUGGAAAGAGCUUCAGCCAAAACAGUUCCCUGAUUCUACAUGAGAGGAUUCACACGGGGGAGAAACCAUAUAAAUGCGCGGAGUGUGGAAAGAGCUUCCGUGAAAAGAGAUCUCUUCAUUCCCACAAGCUGAUCCACACUGGGGAGAAACCGUAUAAAUGCAUGGAGUGUGGAAAGCACUUCCGUGAAAAAAGAUCUCUUCGUUCUCAUAAACUGAUCCACACAGGGGAGAAACCGUAUAAACCCUUAGACCGUAGGAACUGCUUCAGGAAGAGCAAUUCCUUUAUUUCCCAUCAAAAUAUCCACUCGGAUGAGAAUUCAUAG